UAGACAUAGACAUAGACUAUCUCGGGCGCCGGUAGGUCGCAUAUAACAGGAAACGAUCUUGAUAUACAAAAUACUGUGACUCGAGUUAAGCCCAAUCAUGGUACUAGACAUGGAAGCCAUCAUCUCCAAGACCCAGGCAAAGCGAGAUACUUCGAUUCCCGAGCAAUGGCGUCUACCGAAGAAUGCAUUCGAUCCUGAAUCCAGACCAAUCGAUGUUUUCAAGCAGCCUGGACUUCUAACUGAUGAGGAACUUGAGAUAACGGGACAGAAUGCAGUCCAGGUGCUGGAGAAGAUUCACUCGGGCUCCUUGUCGGCUGUCGCCGCUACUCAGGCAUUUGCUAAAAGGGCUGCGAUUGCGCAUCAAGUCGUUAACUGCUUCACCGAGUUCUUCCCGGACGAAGCGUUGAAGCGAGCCAAAGAACUGGAUGACAUUUUUGCAAAGACGGGCAAACCGGUGGGGGUCUUGCAUGGACUACCUAUAGCGAUCAAGGACAUGUAUGACGUUGCAGGCCAUCUGACUACCGUUGGCUAUGUUUCAUGGCAUGACAACGUCGCGAGCACAGAUGCAUCUCUAGUCAAAGUCAUGAAGGACGCAGGAGCCGUGAUCUUUGCAAAGACGACCAUGCCCCAGACCGGCAUGGCACUCGAAACAUAUAGCAAUCUAUGGGGACGAACUCUCAACACUUAUAGCACCAAGUUUGGCUCCGGUGGAUCUUCCGGAGGUGACGGGGUCCUUGUUGGGCUUCGAGGCGCGGCCGCUGCACCCCUGGCGUCAGAUAUUGGGGGCAGUAUUCGUGCUCCUGCGGCCUUCAAUGGACUCUACGGAAUGAGACCAACAUCUGAACGGAUCCCCAGAAAAGGGCUCAGGUCUACCGUUCCCGGGCAAAUCUCGAUCAAGACUUCAUGUGGUCCUAUCUCACAUUCCAUGCCAGAUCUAAAGCUUUUGAUUAAGCUCAUCCUGUCACACCCGUCCUUGCCUUUCGAGGGAAGUUGUCCUCCAGGGUGGUGGAAUGAGGUCGAAACUCCAAAGGAGAAACUGCGUAUUGGUCUGAUAUUGACUGACGGUGUCGUGGACCCUCAUCCGCCCGUGACACGAGCGUUGAAAGAGACGGCAGAGAAGUUGAAAGCUGCCGGACACGAUGUUUUCGAGUACAAACUCCCAUUCGACGCAUGGGAGGCUGCACUGACCACGUGGGCACUGUACUGGCAGACUGGAGCUGCAGAAGCCAACCAAUUUAUUGCUUCUUCCGGGGAAAGUCCUUUGCUUCCGUAUGCCAGAAACUUGGAAAUUUUCAAGACGAGAGCCUUGUCUACUCAAGAGCUCUUUGCUUACAAUGCAAAACAGCUGAACUAUAAAUGGGAAUUUGCGCAAUCAUGGCAAGACAACACAUCGAGCACGGAUGCAGGUUCUAGCAAAGCCGUCGAUGCCAUUAUUUGCCCUGUCGCUCCGGCUGCCUCAAUUCCACACUCUUUCCCAGUUUGGUGGGGAUACACCUCCCUCUGGAAUCUUUUGGACUAUCCCUCGGUGAUAGUUCCAGUCAAAGAUCUAGUUAUUGACCCCAUCAAAGACAAGAAGGAUCUCAACUACCAGCCUCGCGACAAUCCCUUUGACAAGGACAACUGGGAAGUUUAUGAUCCAGAAUUGUGGAAAACUCAGCCUGUCACAAUUCAGGUCGUAGGCCGUCCAUACAAGGACGAGAACCUAGUCGCUGUUGCAGAGGUCAUAGAUCAAGUGAUCAAUGGAUAGUUUAUGCCGGAGUAGAGGGCCUGAGGCUAUAAAUCUAUCACUGAGAUAUGCGCCUACAGAUAUUACGACCCACGCAAUAUUAUAUAUA